UUUCGAUUCCAGAAAUACAAUCGCGGCCAUUACGAAUAUACGCAACGUCAUAACUUCGGUAGAGGAAUUUUCGAAGACAACAGUGUAACGUGGCAUGAAUUCUCGUUUCGGUGCGUAGCACUCGCUUCGGUUCGACUAACGACCGAUUCACGAAAGUUACGUGCGUCUCUCGGAUUGUAAUCUAUGACAUGGAUUGCUGUUACGGAGUGUCGUGUACGAAAAUAUUCUAUGGCUAUUGAAUACUAGUCAUGAAUUUUGGAAGUGUAGAAUGCCCGUUGCGUAGGUCGAAAAUAACAUACGCCAAAGGCGGUAUUGAAUCGCGCCAUCUAGAUAUCGUUAGGAAGAAAUUAUAUUAGUGAGAGUUUGGAAAAACUUUUGAAUAUUGUUAUUACUUUUCCCGAUAAUGAGUAUGAUAAGGUAAAAAAUUGAUGAAUUUAAAGAAUUGGUAGCACGCACGCCAAUCGCAUUCCCGUCAAAUUCAAAUGCAACGGUACGAUACACCUUACGAUUAAAUCCACUUAACCUCAAUUUUUCGUAUGAAAAAUGAAUACCUGCGAUUACGAGAAUAUAAUUUCGUAUCUGUCUUAUGAAGAAAAUAAAAAAAUUCGAUCGUUUCUGAGGGAAGAACUGAAAGGCAUUUUUCAUUUUACGAACAAAUACGUGAACUUCGAAAGCCUGAAAAUAUCAAUUAAUUAUCGAACUUGUAAUAAUGGCAUCUCAUGCAUAUAAUAGUUGUGCGUAAAAUUAACCUAAAAGAGGAAUAACAAGUACUGUAAAUACAAGAUGCACAAGCAGCGUUACAAAAUGGAUUGAUUUACUUUUUAAUGAAUGCAGAGAUCGUAAGAGUUAGAAUUAUUUGCAAGUACGUAUGCAGAAUACGAUGCAAAAAAUUUAAGUUAUCGGAUCAAAGAUGCAGCACACUGAAGUUAAUAACAGGGAUCAUAACUAUAGCGAAGUGAAAGUAGAUAAUCUUCAACAUAGCGAUAGCAAUAUUCAAAAUGUGUUUGAUAACGAUAUUAAAACAUGUAAAUCAAACAAAUCGGCGUUAAUAUCGAACAAAGAAUCGUUCGGUCAGAUUAAAGAUAUAAACGAAUUGAAGAAGAUAACGCCUCGCGUAAAAUUAUUGGCUCACGAUGCUAAUAGCUUGAACGAGUUAACCAAAAUUUCUUUGCACAACAAAAUAUCUGCACAAAGAAGAUUAUCGCUACUGGAGCAAACUAAACAGGAGCUGAGGAAAUACUGUAGGACUUGUGCAGGUUUAAAGCUGCCGUUGGUCGACAUUUUUAGCGAGAAAGGUGUUCAAAUGAGAUUGAGUCAACAAAUUAAGCACUUGGAAGAAAUAAAUCCAUAUGAUAGUUUAUCGACUCAGAUGUGCAUGGACUGUAUCUGCGAUUUAAAAAUGAGUUACAAGUUUUUUAUGCAAAUUAAGAAAGCAGAGGUUAAAUUGAAAUCUAUUCAUAUUACUCUGACAGACACGGCGGCGAGAAAUCUAGAGGUAAACAAGAUACAAUCAAACGAAAAUGCGGAAAAUACAGAGAUGCUAAUAGACAAUUUUGAAGAGUAUAGUACAAUUAAUCCAUCUACUAGCAAAGAAUGCAAUGAACAAAUACAAAGAGAAAACGUCGCUUCGACCGUUUCACCGAAAGAAGAUGAAAAACCUUCGAAAGAAGUUGAAACGAUAAAUAUCGCCGAUGAAUCGGAAAAUAAAAUUGAAGUUGAGAUUUUCGAAGAUGUGAUGGUUGAACAUAACAGCGAUGAUAACGAAUCCAUAGAAGAGUUUGAUCCAGACGAUCCACCUUUCCAACCAGAUACUUCUGAUACCGCGGAAUCCGACGAUGAAAUAGAUGUACAAACACCGGUCGCGAGGAAGCGAAAUACAACACAGCAGAAAGAAAAUAUUCUGAAUCAGUGUUUACAACCAGUUUUCCUUUGUGAUAACAAUUCAGUCCUGGAUAACGAAAAUACAGAUUUUAAUCAAACGACAUACAAAUACGAUACAUCGCUGAAUGCAUACAUUAAAGUAGAAGACACAGACGGUAGUAAUUCUAAUUAUACUACCGAACCGUACAGCAUAUCUAAAUCUGAAACUAUAUAUAACAGCGAAAGUACAAAAGAAUCUUCAAAACAGCCAAACAUAUUAAAACGCAGACUUUUGUUGCAGACAAAGAAAGAAUCUACCGAGGAAACGGAUGAAACUACUUGUCAGUCUAAUGCCUCUGAUAAAAAUGGAAGUCAUAAAGAUGUUAAAGUACAAAAGUUAGAUUUACAUAAUCCCUUGAAUGUUAAUAGCAAUCAAGAAGACGGAAUCAUGUACGUUACCGUUAAAGGUUCUAAACCGAACGAAAUAUUAUUAGUUAAAGUUAAGAAAAUGGAUAAGCCGUUAGAAAAAAAGGAUGAGAAGUCGUUGAAUAAAAAAAACUUUGAUAUUAAGCCCAUGGAAAAGAUCUUGAAGCGUUACGAAACGUUAGUCACGAAAGAAAAAGAUUUAUUUCCCGAACGAACGAAAAAGUCUGAAAUAAGAGAACAGAUUAUCGAAGAGCAAAUAGAAGAGUACAAGAAAAAGCGGGAAAAGGUGUUGGGCGGGCAUGCUAAUAUUUCACUUCCUGUAAAACUCGAAGAAACUCAAACUCGUUACAUUAAGCGUAACGAGAGUCAGGAGACUCAAAGAUAUUCUAUACAUAUGGAAAACGAUUCAGUUGUAAAUACGCAACUCGAUAAAGACAGCAACGAUAGCAAUGUAACUAUUAUCAAGAUCGAAGACGACGAUUCGAAAGUUCUAGAGACAGUAAAAGAAGAAGAUAAGACCACUAAUGAAAAAGCAUGUGUAAAUACCGAGGAAUAUUUGUCACGUCUAGCAAAACUUAAGUUAAAAUGGGAAGAAGCAAAGAGAAAAAAAGAAUCUCUUCAGAAGGAACUCGACGAAUCGUAUACGGAAGGAAAUAUUGAAAAACUAACGAGAAUUUUGGGAGAAAAAGAAAAAAACUUACAGGAUUUUCAAGAUUAUUUAAAACAACGUAAAAUUGUGAUCACGAGACUAAAGGACGAGGAUAUCAUAUCACUCUACGAAGAUAGGAAUAACGCAGUGUUUAAAAAUAAUUUACCCGAUUUAAUAGACGAAAGUCAACCGGUGGAUUAUAUUCCGGAAGAACAUUAUUUGGAAUGCGAUUAUUGUCCGGAAACAUUUGCUUCCAAAGAGGUGCUCGAGGAACAUCUGAAGAUACACGAUUAUAAAAUUAUGCAUUUCUGCGAAGACUGUAUGGAAGAAUUUCCAACGAACAAGGCGAAAAGGAAUCACAAUGUGGUUUGCAUAAAAAAGUUAUUAUGUAAAUACUGCGACAUGAUACUAGAUUCGAAAGGAAAGAAACGUCAGCACGAACAGAAACAUUGCGACAGUAUGUACGGUCAAUUGUGCGAUGUGUGCGGUGAAAAAUUCAAGCAUCAAGGAACAUUAGAUCAACACAUAAAAACGCAGCACAUGAGUUGGGAGAAAAUAUUUCAGUGUCCGAAAUGUCCGAAGAAAUUUGCUUUCAAACAAAAGCUUAGCUUUCAUUUGAAAUCUGUACACACAACGUUGAGAGCCUAUUUGUGCGAAGAUUGCGGAGCGGAUUUCAAGAAUCCUGCGAGUCUUAGACAUCAUAGAAUACGUAAACAUCAACCGGUAGGGAAUAAAAGGGAGUGUCCAGUUUGCCAUAAGUUAGUACCAUUUUAUAGCCUUUCGAAGCACAUGCAUACUCAUAAAGCGUAUACUAUCCAGUGUCCGCACUGCGACAAAAUGUUUAAAAAUAGUUCAACUUUAAAGCAACAUGUCAGAAUUCACGAAGAUCAACGUCAAUAUCGAUGCGAUACCUGUGGCGUUGGUUUCAAUAGGCGGGAUGGUUUGAGAUUACAUAUGAGAGUGCACGAGAAAACUGACAGUAGAGGAUUAAAGGAAUGUUCGUGUCAGGUUUGCGGUGAAAAAUUUCCAAAUCAUUCGACGCUUGUUAUACACAGAAAUCGUGUUCACAAAGACGGUAGACAAUACACGUGUCAUAUAUGCAACAGAUCUAUGAUUUCGACUAGGUCGUUAGAGUGGCACAUGUCUCACAUACACAACGAAUCGCUUCCUGGAGUUGUUAAGGAAGAUGUGGAUGGAACGCCGGAAAAGAAGAGAGUAUCCUGCUAUCAUUGCAAUAAGACUUUCAAAACGGAAAUGAUUCUGAGGACUCAUAUUAAAAACACUCAUAUGGAGAAGGAUCCUAUGAAGUGUUUAGAUUGCGAAUUAACGUUUACUUCUGAAGUGAGAUUAAGACAUCAUAUGAUGAUAACGCAUAAUAGAUUAGAGGGAACUUUACCGUGUCCGCAUUGUCCAAAGAGAUUUGUAAAUCAGCUUAGGUUAAAAACACACAUGAUAUCUCACUCGGAAGAAAGGCCGUAUACGUGCGAGAUUUGUGGAUUUAAUUUAAAGACAAAGAUUCAGUUGAUCAAACAUCACCAAAAUAGACAUAGCGACGAAAGACCUCUGCAAUGUAGAUAUUGUCCAUGGAGGUGUAAACAAGUUAGCGCUCUUGUAUGCCACGAAAGAACGCAUACAAACGAGCGACCGUACUCUUGUAGCGUGUGUAGACAACGUUUUAAAUACUUAGGCGAUAAAAAUAAGCACGAAAGACGACAUGAAAGUUUAGGAGGCUCUGGCUUUAAAAGAAUAGUGCCCGGUCGGAAUAUUAAACCAAAAGUGAAAGAAGAUUCUUCCAGUUCCGAUCAAGAGCAGGAAAUGUUGGCUAAAGCAGAACCUCAGGGCUUAGAAGGCGAGUACGAAGAACAGACGGAUCAACAGUACGAGGAAGAGCAGAUAGUUAAGUUCGAAGAAGAACAGCAGAUAGUAAAGUUCGAAGAACAAGAAAUAGCGGAAGAAUACGAACAGGUCUAUGAACAGGAAUAUGAAGAGACCUCCAGAGAGGCUUCGGAUGCUGCAGAAGUCAUAAUGAAUAUGGAGGAUACUACCGUUUACACGGAAGAAGUGACUGCGGACAAUAUAGAGUCUGCAGAAAUAAUAGCGGAUGAAAUGAUGACAAACGAAAUACUACAAUCAGGACUACAACCAGGUGCUGUGGUUCAUUUGCAACAAGAAGAUGAUUCAGGAAAAAUACAAGUGAUCCCCGUCAUGUUGUCCUUGCCUGAUUUAUCUGACGCGAAUACAGAGGUCAACUUAGCUACAGCAUCUAUAAUGUAUAAUAAUUGAAUUUAAUAUCGCAUUCUGUGUGUGCGGUAUCCUUUGUAAAAAAAAAAGAAGUGACUUUUAAAGUUUUAUUGUGGUAAAUUAAAUCUUAAAGAAAAACUUUUCUUUUUAAUUGGGGAAAAUAAGUAGGGACUAAAUCACACAUUCCUGUAACUAAAAUUAUGGAUAUUCUAAAAUGUAAAUUUCGUCGAGGCAUGUGUAGGUUGCAAUUACUAAGAAUAUUAAAUAUACAUAUACCCAAAGGUCGUGAUAGUUUUUUGCUAUUAAACAGAAAAUUUUGUAAGAUUAUUUCGCUAUACGAAAAUACUUAUUAAGAUUGUAAAAAUGACGACAUAACAAAUUUAUCUUCGUAAUGCUUUUCAAUACAAAAUUUUCGUUUAGUUAUAAAUGAUAAAGAUAAAUAACUGUAUUAUGAUAUAAAGUAUUUUGUACAAAACUAUAAAGAAUGAACAUAUAUUUUACUUGAUAAUAACUAUAUAAAUUUCAUGGUAUCAAUAAAAUUGACAUGAUUCAUAACCAUGAGACUAUUCAUGAAAUAUGUCGUUCACGAUUCAUAUUCGAUUGAUUUAUUACUUUUACUAAUUACGUUCUUUUGCAAGUAUUUUUCACUUUUUAUUUGAUUAAAGCGUGAACAAAUAACUAAGUUUUUAUCUAUUGUAGAAAUAAUGCAUUUUAUAGUUAUAAAUUAUACUAAAUUAAGAGAAAAAUAUUUAAUACGAUUUUGGUAUUCUCCGCGUUUCUUUCUUUUGUAAUAUAUGUUCAUAUAACGUAACCAUAAAAAGAUAUACGAGUAUGAAAUUCUAUAAGUUUCUAAUAAGAAAUACAUUACAGAAUUUUAUACGUUAAAAACUGGAUGCUCAAAUGCUAUAGUUCAAGCAUUAUUUACGUAUAAUUUUUAUUAGUAGUAUUGUUUUACGAUGAUAUUUCUUUAGAUAACUAAAGUAGAAGUGAAGUAGAGAUAUUCGUGUUAAUUAUAAUUUCAAAAAAUAUAUAAGUACUAUCCUUAUUAUAAAAUCAUAUUGUAUUAUAUGCUUCAGUAAUUUUUAUAUAUACUUCAUUCAAGAAUUUAUUAAAUAAAAUUAUUCAUAGAAUAUUCUGUAAUUAAUUAAAUUUUAAACAGGAACAUUUCUUAUUUAUCAUGCACUGCGAUAAGUUACACACUCUCACAUUUUAGUUUUCUUUUUAUUACAAAACAAUCUAGUAUUUUAACUUUUAUUUAUUUUCUCAUAUCAUUGAAUUUUUGUCUGUCAAUCACAUCUGUAUUUUGUG